UUGGACGUAAUUUUCAGAAAUAAGUGCCCUUGCGCACUGCGCAAUGAAUGUGUGCGCGGGCGUGUGUGUGUUCUUGAAUUCACCUGUUACGUGAUAGUUCUAUGACCAGUAAAAUACCUCUCCUCCUUGCGUCCCCUCUGAUUGGGUUGCCUGUCCGCACGAGUGCUUGCUAUGACAUGGUGUUUUUUUAACUGGAUUCCACGCCGAUGAGGAACUCGAAGUAGCACCUGAGUAUAGACCCUUUUCAUGUGACGUCACGACAAACGCGGCCGCGAUUUUGGACAUGUACUACCAGCAGUUUACCACAGCCAACAUUGAGGAACGGCAGCAAAGAAAGUUUUUACUUUCAGCAAGACUUCCAUCAUGCCACUAUAUUGUUGUGCACCUGGAUGUAGUAACCGUCAACAAACAAGGCAAGGUUUAUCAUUUUAUCGGAUCCCGACGGAGAAGAUGGAUAGCGGCCAUAAACAGGAAAGAUUGGCAGCCCUUGGCAUACCAACGCUUGUGUAGUGACCACUUUGUUGGAGGCUUCAGGAAAGAGAAGGUUCCAGAGAAUCUGGAUGCCAUUGUGAUUGGCAGUGGCAUCGGUGGCAUGACAGUGGCAGCUACCCUCGCCAAACUGGGCAAGAGAGUGCUUGUGCUGGAGCAACAUGACAAAGCUGGAGGCUGCUGCCACACUUUCACUGAGAAAGGCUUUGAGUUCGAGGCAGGACUUCAUUACAUUGGUCAGAUACAUGAGAACAGUCUGAUUAAGAUUGUCAUGGACCAAAUCACUGAAGGACAACUGCAGUUUGUGGAGCUGGACAAGCACUUUGAUACAAUAGUAAUAGGUAGUGGAGAGAAAAGCAGGAAAUACACAAUCUACAGCGGUAAAACUCAGAUGAUGGAGCAUCUGAAGGAGCAGUUCCCUGAUGAUACUAAAGCUAUAGAAGAGUUCUUCAAGAUCAUGAAGAUCUCAGCGAGGAAAAUACCACUUUUGGCUAUGUUAAAGUUGAUUCCUCAGUGGGUGGCACUGUUCCUGCUUAAGAGUGGCAUUGGUGACCUCUGCUCCUCCAUCUUUCGCCUUGUAAGCACUAAUGCCACUGCACUUGCUGAAAGUCUGACCUCCAACAAGGACCUCCACAUAAUCUUCAACUAUUUUUUCUAUGGCGUUCCACCCAAAGAAUCCAGCUGUAUCGUGAAUGCUGUGAUGUUGCACCACUACAAGCGUGGAGCAUACUACCCAAAAGGUGGGUCCAGUGAAAUCCCAUUCCAUAUCACUAAGGUCAUCCAGAAAUUUGGUGGACGUGUGCUGGUCCGUGCUCCUGUAAAUCGCAUCCUGGUUGACAAUAAGGGAGCUGCAUAUGGCGUCACUGUGGAAAAAGGCCAAGAAGAUGUGGAAGUGCGGGCUCCUGUUAUCAUCUCCAACUGUGGGGUCUUCAACACCUUCCAGAAAUUACUUCCAUCACAUAUACAAACCAAACCAGAAAUUCAGAAGCGGUUGAAUAUGAUGAGGCCUGGACGAGGAUGCCUUUUAGUGUUCUCUGGUUUCGAUGCCACAGAGGAGGAACUGGGCAUCAGUUCUACCACCAUAUGGCUGUUUAAGUCUAACGAUAUGGAUGCCAUGUGGGAUGAAUACUUCAGUAUGGGGAAGGAUGAAGCGCCAGAUAACAUUCCCAUGAUGUACUUUACAUUUCCAUCAGCUAAAGAUCCCACAUCAAAGAUCCGUCACCCAGGUAAAUCUUACAUGAUCAUCCUGACAAUGGUUUCUUAUGAGUGGUUUGAAGAGUGGAAGGACACUCCAGUGGGAAAAAGAGGGGAUGACUAUUUAACCUACAAGAGGAGAUUUGGCAACAAUGUUUUUGACUGGGCCUGCAGCCAGUACCCCAAACUGAGAGACAAGUUGGUAUUUCAGGAAGUCUCUACUCCAUUGUCGAACACACACUAUCUUGGUUCUUACCUCGGAGCUAUGUACUCAGCUGAGCAAAACUUGGAGCGCUUCCAAGCAGAGGCCAUCGCCAGAAAUCGUUGUGAUACCCCUGUCAAAAAUCUCUUCAUUUCAGGUCAGGAUGUGUUUAGCUGUGGUAUUGCAGGUGCAUUACAUGGUGGCCUUCUCUGUGCCUCCACGGUGCUCAGACACAUUGUGUACAUCGACCUCUUCAUGCUGAAGAAGAAGCUAAAGAGGAACAAAGCAAGAGGAACUGCUAAACACAUAAAGCUGCUCUGAUUAGAGAGGGGGGGAAAGCUACAGCAAUUGACAAGCAGUGAACUGCUUAUUAGACACACGAGAAUUUGCUUAUUUUACAUAGCCAAUUAGCAUUUUUAUCUUUAUUACAAAAGGUUUGGAAAAAAUAAAAUAUUUUCUGCCUUUGCAUAGCAAAAAAGUAAUAAAAUAUGAUUGAUUUUUUUUUGAAAACCACAGAAUGCAGACUUUCAUACUCCCCAGUUAGUUUUACAGAAG